AUGCGCCUCAGCCUCGGCACUUUCGAGACCGCCCACGAGGCCGCCGGCGCGUACGACGCGGCGUCGUCGCGCCUUCGGCGGCCUCACAGGGACAUGAACUUCCCCGAAGUGCCGACGCAGGAGAUGGCGCAGGAGCUCGCGCCUCCCCCGCGGCUCGUCACCGACGAGGAUCGUCGCGACAACUGGAGGCGGGAGCGCCGUCUCACCCUCGCCGAGAUGGACGAGGAAGCCAUGGAGCAGUGGUGCCAAUGCUUCCCGCAGGACGUCAUCAACGAGCGCCAGUUCUUCGCGCAAAGGAGGGCCGAGAGGGAGGAGAGGAGGGCGGAGCGAGCCGCCUAUCGCGAGGACAGGCGUACGCGGAAGGAGGCCGCGCUCUUCAACAUCGAGCUAGGAGAAGCGUCGUCCUGGGACUCCGAGGACGAUCAGUAUCUUGAAGCCUUCAUUCAGACGUCGGAGGAGGACAUCACCGAGGCGGAGUCGGAGUCGAAGGAGUCGGACGAGGAGUAG